AGAAAACAUCAAAGUGAGUUUCAUUGACGGAUGUCUUGGCUUUAUCUCUUCUCAGACAUUAGUAGAGUGAGGACCGCUCCCUCCGCGCUCCGCUCCAAUGCCAGCCCCAAAGAGAGGAUCAUCUCCUCAUGAUCCUCAGCCCAAGAUGAGGAAGUUGGAUGAGGAUGGGGAGGCUCCGCCAUCCAAAACUACACCAGCUACCAAUAAUAGGUCCCUUAAAACAGGAAAUACGCUAGAAAAGACAACAGACCCACGGACUAAGAAAAAACUGUCAGCCUCAGCGGAAGGGGGGAAUAAACCAGCCAAGUCAUCCAAACAGAGUUCCCCUCCAAAGGAUUCCAGCAAAACCAUUUCUGACCCACCUGUCAAAAAAGCCAAGCUUCUGAAAGCCACAAGUGCCUCCUGCGGAGAAGCUCCCUCACAGAAAGCUAACUCCAAAGCUUCCCUGAAGCGAACAGCCUCAACAGAGUCUGAGGAUGAGUUGAGUAGUGAUGGUGGUAAGACUGACUUCUUCAGAGAGAGGGAUGAUGGUGAAAAGGCCCGCUGCAUCAGAAAAUACUCAAAUCGAGUCAAAGCUAAACGCAAGGCUGAGGAGUCGACGUCUGACCCACAGGAGACAAGCCAAGGGUCACCAUCUGCACCUAGAGACCCCGUUCAGAUGGACCACGAUUAUGGCAGAUUUUCAGAUUCAAAUGCUGGAGAGCAGAAUCAGGAUGAGAAAAAAGAUUCUACACAAGAAAUGUCAGUUAAUGCAACACAAGCAGAGUCAAAGGAAACUUUAGUCUCAUAUGCAAAAGCUAGCACUGAAUUUGACUGUUCAACUGAUGAAAGUAAACAUGAAGAAUUUAAAAAUGUAGAAAGACAAAAGCUUAUAGAUAAUGAAGCACUAGCAUCAUGUAGAGAAACAUUAAACUGUGUCUCUGCAACUGCUGCAGGUUCGCCUUGCAUCAUAUCUGCAGCAGAGGAAAAUGGAAAUAAGGACACUGCCAUCAAAAGCCAAAAGGAUGGAGACGAUGAAACAUUUGUGACGUCAGUGGAGACACAAUGUUCUAGUACUGGAGAUGCAAAUCCAGGUCGAGAAGGUGAAGUACGGGUAGGUGAAAGGACAGCUUGUAGAAGUCGGACAGAUGUGAGCAGUGGAACUGAAAAAAAGGAGACCACAGCGCCUGUUUCUGAGGAGACAAAGCUGGAUAUGAAAUGUAAAAGUGAAGAAGGGGAGCAUAAAGUGCUGGCAGCCGGUGUCUCUGCAGAACACAGCGAUGUGGAACAUAAAACACUGUCAAAAGAAACAAACUCUGCACCAGCAGAAGAAGAGAUCAUGGUAGGAAGUAGUAACCCAGAGAGUCAGACUGAGGAAAAUCUAACAACAUCAGAGUCUGUUGGCAAUCCAGAGACUCAAACAGACCUCAGUGUCAAAAUUCAAGUUACGUUCAAAGAGGAAUCCAAAUCUGAGGAUCGAGUGAGCCGUGAAGUGCCGGAUACCAUUACCAACUCAUGUGACGGUGUGAACAAACUAGUCAGAAAGUCUGAAGAAAAGCUUGAAGAAAGUGAAAGGGAAGGAGUGGAGAUCCUGACUCAGACUGUCACUGGUCCACAGUCUUUAGUUGAGCUACACGAGGUGAUGGACAGGACAACUGACAGCUGUGCUGAAAUACUGACACCAGGUUGUGAGGCUGUUCUUGAUUGUGUCACAGUCUCAGAGGGUCGGAUAGACGCAGAACUGCAGACUAAAAUAACAUCAGAGGAGAGGUCUAACUUAGCACCUAAAGAGGAUAAACAAAAAGAGGGGGGCCACAAAGUUAAAGACCACAUUCCAGAAAUGCCUGCUGAAGACAAAGAAGAUGCAGUGACAAUUAAAAAAAUAAUAAACUUUGAAUGUGCCACUGCAACACCAGAGCAUGAGAUUCCUAAUCAAGCUGCUACAGCGGAAAUACAAAACCAAAAGAGCCAGGAGGUCAGUGAACGUGCCACAGACGUAUCUUCAGAAUUCCAUCAGGAUCAGGUUUUAAAAUCUAAAAUAAUUGGAAAUGAAGACAGCAAGAACAUUAAACAUACUAUUGGACCAGAGAGACAGACUGCAACAGCAUCAGAGGUUUCUACUCCUGCAUCUACAGUGAAUGUACAAAGCCAGGAGAAGCCAGGAGACAGUGAAUGCACCAUGGACAUGUCUGAUAAAGCACAGAAGCAUCCAGCUGUAAACUGUCAGAAUGGCAAUGCUGAAUAUGUUGUUGCUUCUGAGAAUGAAAAGGAAGUGGACAUGCAGACUACAACGGCAUCAGAGGAGAGGUCUAACAUUGUGCCUACAGUGGAAAUACAAAGCCAAGAAGUCAGUGAACCCACCACAAAUACAUCAGCUGAACUUGAUGAGGUGGACUUUCAAUCUGUGGCUCGACCAGAGAGUCAAAUGGAAAUGCAGAAUAUGUCAACGUCAGAGGUUUUAAAUCCAGCUUCUUCAAUGGAAUUGCAGAAAAGUCUAAAUGAAGUGGACAUGCAGACUGCAGCAGUACAGGAGAGGUCUAACACAGUAACUACAGUGGAAAUACAAAGUCAGAAAAGUCAAAGUGAAAUCAAUAUGGAGACAGCAGAAACAUUAGUGGAGAUUUCUAACAUGGCACCAACAGUAGAGACAAAGGUCCAGAAGAGCCAAGAAUUCACUCAACCUGCGACAGACGUAUCUGAAAAAGCUCAAGAAAGUCUAAGGAUUCAGACUCCUGAGAGGAAUGGAAAUGAAAUCAAGGUUAUGUCAGAAUGUGUCGGUGCAACUGAGAAUCAAAAAGAAAUGGAUUCGCAGACAACAGAGGAGACUUCUGAUCCAACAAGUACAGUAGAAACACAAAACCAGCAAGGUCAGGAGGUUAACGAACUCACUACAGAUGCUGAAGUGUUAAAAGACAUUAUUGUUGCCAAUGCUGAAAGCGAAGAAAACAAGGAUGAGGUUAUCGCAGAAUGUGUGGAUGCUUUCGAGAAUCAAAUAGAAAUGGAAACGCAAACAACAGCAACGCCAGAGGAGGUUUUUAAUCCACCAGCUACAGAGGAAAUCCAAAGUCAGCAGGUCAGUGAACUCAACACAGAAGAUCAAAAAGAUCUAGUGACUGCAAAUUGUGAGAGUAAAGAAAUUGAAGAGAAGGUUGUGGCUGAAUAUGUUAACGUUCCAGAGGUUCAAGUAAAUAUGGAAGCGACUACAACAACGCCAGAGGGGAUUUGUAAAGCAGCGCCUACAGCAGAACAAAACCAGGUGAUGGAGGGAGUCGAAGUACCCACUAUGGCCUUAUCAAAUCAAACUCACAGCCCUCUCUCAAUGACUGAAAGUAAGGUUAAUGCAAACAUGCAGAGAGAGCCUACUGCUCAGGAUAUCCAAGGGGAUAUGGAUGUAAUAAGUGGAUCAAUAGAAAGAGAAGAUUCUGCUUCUGAAGAGGAAACAGGGGGACAAGUGAUUAAUGAGGUCAAAGAAGAGGCCGCAAUCAUUUCCUCUGAUAAGGCUGACAAAACAGUCAGUAAUAUCGAGGGUCAAGAAGAAGGAACUGGGAGCAAUGAAGUCAUAGUGUUUGUUUGUGGCCAACCAGAUGACGUCGAUAUAGUAAUUCAGGAAUCAGAAGAGCAAAUUAAGACUCAGUCUGAGGUUGAGAUUCAUGAAAACCAGAUAGUGUAUGAGCCCAUUAGUAGCCCAGAGAGUAGUGAUGAAAGAGAGAUUCCUACAGCAUCAGAGAACCACGAAGGUUUGUCUUUACUGGACUUACAGAGUGCCCAACAGGUGGAAGGAGUUUCAUCUGCUAAUGGAGAAAACAGCUGUAACCAACAAGUGGAAAAUGAGGAAAACGUCCAGCAGCAAAUUGGCGUCUCGGACAGCCAAGAAGUGGAAAUGGAAGCACAAACCGUCAGAGAGCCAGAGAGUUGUGUCUCUGUACAGUUGGAGCAGAGUAACAUGAGUGUGGAUGUGAAACAAGUUGCAGUGAUCAGCUCCAGUGAUGACAUCAGCACACCAGAUGGCCAGUCAGGAGAUGCAACGGAAAAAAGUGAGAGGAACGGGUAUCCGGACUGUGUCGGGGCCACAGAAUUCUCUGAGCAGGUGCAGGAGGAUACUGGACUUCAGGACGUUGCAGAUGUCACCGUGACAACAACUACAACCACCACUGAAGUUGAAAUACCAGAUAGCACAUCUGAGGAGUUUGUGAUCUUAGAACCAAUCCCAAUGGAGGAAGUUCCCUUUGAUAUUGUCACUCAAGCAGCAGCCGAAUCAGGUUUGUCAGACUCGAUGUCAGAGCAGGUGAAUCCAGACAGUGCUUUGGAAGGUGAGAGGAUUUUAAAUGGUUCCCAACAAACAGUCUUCCCUGAGGCAGAAGUGCAGCAAUGUCAAACGACUGAUGAGAUCAAAGUGACGAAUUCAAGUGAGGUGUUGGAUCAGGAGACCGGGCUUGGGAGAGAAAUCUCAACUGACGAAGGUGUUGAAGUUAUUCAAAAUUCUGACCACAGCCAGCAACCACCAUCUGACAUGAUUAAUACCUCAGAGACUGACAUGGCAAACUCUCAUGCUCAUGUCACAAAUGAAGCACUGGUGAUAGAAAACGCAGAGGCUAAUUUAGACCUCCAAGAAGUGCAGAUUCUGCAGGAUAUCGAGAUCGGUCGUGAGAUUGUAGUAGCAGAGGAAGAUAAUGAUGAAGACAGUGACAUUACAAUAAUAGAAAAACCCCAGGAAAAGCCUGAGGCAGCGCCUCCCAAAGAGUCGGAGAUAAAGGUUAAUGAGAAAAUUAAAGAUGUCAGUUGUGGGACCAGCUUGAAGCAAAACAGCACAGCUGAAAAGACUGUGACGGAUAAAAAGGGACAGGAGGCAGAAAAACCCAAGAAACAAGAAAUGAACACACAGGCCAGAACCAAAGCCCGGCUGGCAGCUCUGGCUGAGCAAAAGGCUGCAGCGGCUAAGAGGACAGCAAACAGACAGCAGCUGAACCUCUUAGCUUUGUGUCAGGAGAUUGCAGAGGACAUUGCUACAGACAGCAUGCUUCUAAAGAGGAUAGAAGAAGAAAAACAAGCAGCGGCAGCAGCAGCAGCAGUAGUGGCGGCGGCGGCGGCCGCAGCAGCAACAGCCAAGAGUGAAGCCAGCAAGAAAGAGAGUUCACCUGUUAACACGCAGGAGCCAGACACUGUUAAUGUGGCGCCUCCAGCUGGACCAGAAGAGAGCUCUGCUACAGAGACCCCUGCUGAGGAAGCAUCCACAGUCCAGCUGUCGACAGAUGAUUCCACCGAGGCUAAGUCUGCUGCAGAGCCUCCAAAGCGGCGUUUCUUCGUCACACAGGUUUCAGUGCCACUGAAAGUCCACGAGAAAAAGAAGCUAACUAGAUAUCAAAGACUCAGACAGGUUGAACUGCAGAGAGAGAAAAUGUCUUGGGCACGUGUAAAGAAGCUUAAAACUGACCAAGCAAAUCAGAUGUUUUCAGACUUAGAUUGGCAAGUACCCAUGUCUGCAUCCUCUCCGUUCUCAGUCAGUUCUGUGACCACACCUCCACCACCUGCCAGUCCACCGAAAACACCUCUCCCAAGUCCGGCCUCAACUAGCAAGCCUGCAACACCCAAGGCGGAUGUCCCUAAUGUUGACACUCCUAAACCCGAACCCAGUAAGACCGAACCCAGUAAGACUGAACCCACUAAAACGGAAGCCUCCAAAACUGAACCCACUAAACCUGAAGCUGCCAAAGUGGAAGCCUCCAAAACUGGGACUCCUAAUGUUGGAACCCGUAAAUCAACAAGGCAAACUAAAGCUCAAGCUAAUAAAGAAACCCCUGCUCCGGGGCCCGCCGCAAAAGUGACCAGAUCAGGAGGCAAGAGGACCCUCCCAGCAGUACCCCCGCCCAUGCCCAACGGACUUAAUGCUCAAAAACAGAAGCCUGUUGAGUACAAGCCAUACAGACCCAGACCCAAGUACUCCUUUGAUGACUUUGAACUUGACGAUGACCCAUUACCAGCAAAGCCUGGUCCUCAGUCAAGACCAGCACAGCCGAUACCACCACACGUUCGGUCAAACCCUGCAGCCCAAUCUAAACCCACAGUUCAGUCAAAACCCACAGUUUCAUCACAUCUCGCCGCCCAGGCAAAGCUCAAAGCUCAGACCACGCCUGCUGGACAGAUCUCAGGUCAGUCAAAGCCCACUGUUGCAGCUACAGCUCAGUCAAAACCUGCUGGUUCCACCACUCCACAGUCAAAGCCUGCUGUUGCAACAUCAUCCCAGCCGAAGGCCACAGCUACUACUACUGCCGCAGCGUCUUCAAAACACGUCCUUCCCAUUAAAGCUCAACUAAAGUCUCCUGUUUCGACGACACCUCAGUCAAAUGCUGUUGCAGCUCCGGGUCAGUCCAAACCCGCUGCUUCUGCUUCACCUCAGUUAAAGCCUGCUGCUAGUGCAACUCAGGCUGCUGCUUCAAACACAUCUGGCACAAAACCUGCUGCUCCUAAAGUCGACGAUAGUUCAAUGCCUCUGAAAAAUGCACCAUCAUCUGAAGAGAGCAAAUGCAAGGUUACAGCUGCUCCCACAUCUUCCCUCCCCUCUGAAGACGGCUCAAAAGUGUCUGAUGACACACAGAAGUGUGAAGAAAAGCCUGCAGUCACUGGUGUUGAUUCUUCUCCGGAAAAUAAGACAGAAACAGCCGAGAAGAGAUCGGAAAAACCUCAAAACAGAGCAGCAGCGGAGCCACAGGAUGGCAGGACUCCUCUCUCUGAUGCCUGUCUGCAAAAAGAACUCAAGAAACUGAAGGAGGCCGACAAAGAUGGCACCCAAACCAUUAUCGAUGCAGGACAGAAGCAUUUUGGAGCAGUGGCCUGCAGCGUGUGUGGGAUGUUCUACUCUGCUGCCAACCCUGAAGAUGAAUCUCAACAUUUACUCUUCCACAACCAGUUCAUCAGCGCUGUCAAAUAUGUGGGAUGGAAAAAAGAGAGGAUACUGUUAGAGUUUCCUGACGGCAAAAUCAUUCUUGUCCUGCCAGAUGAUCCCAAAUAUGCUCUGAAGAAGGUGGAAGAGAUCAGAGAGAUGGUGGACAACGACCUCGGCUUCCAGCAGGUGGAGACCAAGUGUCCCUCUCAGACCAAAACCUUCCUCUUCAUCUCCAAUGACAAGAAAGUGGCCGGAUGCCUCAUAGCAGAGCACAUACAAGAGGGAUACAGGGUGAUCGAGGAGCAGGUACCGGAGGGCUCAGAGGGCGAGAAGCUGAUGUUUGAACGUCAGAGAGCUUGGUGCUGCUCCACAACGGCGGAGCCCGCCAUCUGUGGCAUCAGCCGCAUCUGGGUGGUCAACAUGAUGAGACGCCAGGGUAUCGCCUCACGCAUGCUGGAGUGCCUCAGAAACAACUUCAUUUACGGUUCAUACCUGAGCAAGGACGAGAUCGCUUUCUCCGACCCCACGCCUGAUGGAAAACUCUUUGCCACACAAUAUUUUGGCACUUCUCAGUUUUUGGUUUAUAACUUUGUGAGUGGAACACACUCGGCCCAGCCCAAAAAGGACGCAGUAUGACAGUCUUCAGGAAAGGUAACGAUGGAUUUAAAUGAGGCGCCCAUUGACCAACGGGGACGCACCAUCACUUAACGGUGUCUGAUGCAGAACCUGUACUACAAUUAAACAAAAAAACUGUAAAUUACUCCUUGGAGAGGACACACAUUGGUUUAAAUCUCAGGAUGAAAACAACAAGGUGUUGUUGAAAAAAAUUAUGAAUUCACCCUUUAAUCCCUACCUGAAUAGUAUUUUGGAAGAAAAAAAAGAGUAUUUUCUUUAUACAUUUUUAAGUAAACAAUUGGUUUUAUUAGAAGUAUAGAGUUUACAUGCAUGACCUGACAGCAAUAGGAAACAAAGAGCAUUUCACUGGGUUUUUAUUUUAAUCCCUGAGAAGCAUAAAGUCGACCGGCUGCAUUAAAUAAAAUGGUUAUUUUAGAGUUUUGUCCUCAUUCUGCUUUAACACAUUUUACUGACAUGAUGUAGUAAACUACGAGGGUUUUUUCAUGUUUAUCUCUUUACGGUUAAAAGUGACGCUGCCAUCGUCACGAGUUGUGUUUUAACAGCACAACAGCACGAUACUUAUCGGGCAGUUAUUGUUUUUCCACAUCAGUCGCGCUGAUUUCACUGUCAUGUUUUAUGUUUUAUUUCAAACUGAUCAUCCAAACCAGGUGUUUUAAUCGGAGGGACUCGUUUCAACAGUCUGGUUGAAGAGACGUGGGUUAGAAGAACUGUAGCUUGGGCAUUAAUUGUGUGCUCUAAUUCUCUUAGAUCACCUUGCCUCAAACGUUUAGUUUUCCAAGCUGAGCCAUAUACUGUACACCGUUUAGCAGGGCAUUGUAGCCUAAACUGUAUGAGUGUCUUUUAAUUUCACAGAGGCUGUCUAUUGCUUUGUUUGUGCCUGAAUUAAUAAUGUGUGACCUAAAAUGUUUUUUUUUUGUUUUUUUUCUUCGCCAUACAUUAUGGCUUUUUAUUGAUUUAGCGUAGAGUAUCAUCCUCCUAUUCCUUAGUAACAACAAAUUAAAAUGUAUAUCAAAUUAUCAUGUAGAGUUAUGCAUACUAUUACAACUUUUAUAAUGGAUGAGCAAGGUCUUAAGGCUCAGGUGUUAAAUGGUAUUCGAGCGAUGGUGAAAGUCAUCCAGGUUAUGAUUGCAAACAGGAAUAUUUGCUCAGUGAUCAACACAAGGGGCUGACAUGAACCUCUGCCUCUCAACACAGAUUUACAGUAUCAUUGUACUCCAUCCCUUAUUUUCUUCUGCCUUCUCGUUAAAGCAGUUGCUUUUAGAAAGAUGUGUCGUGUAAGAAAAAGAAAUUUGAUUUAUACGAAGCUGUUAUGUAAAUAUUUAUUUAAAUAAUAAACGAUUUAAAACAUGA